UAUAACUCUGUAUAAAGCGUCCAAGAAGCUCCUCAGAUUUUCUCAGCAUCAAUUUGGUUGCAGAUAUAGGAAAAGAACAAAAAUCAAAACCAAGGAAAGAUUAUGGAUUCACAAGCGCAGUUGCAACGUUCUCAUGCUCAGCAUCAAGCAGAGAAGCCAAUAAAGAUUCACCAUCCUGAGGAAGGAGAGCAUCAUGAGAAAGGGCCAUCGAAAGUUCUAAAGAAAGUGAAGGAAAAAGCCAAGAAGAUCAAGAACGUUCUAACAAAACAUGGACAUAGUCACGACCAUGAUCGUGGAGAACACAUCCCCGAUGAUCACGAUCUAGACCAGGAAGACGAUGGAGAUCACUACAGAGACCAACAAAUACGCGGCGGUGCACCAGCACGAGGAAAGGCUCACAGUCCGGUGAAGCAUGAGAUAGUUCCUCCAGGCACGAAAGCUUUUCCCGUUGUGUCCUCUUCACAUACGAAACACUCUGAGCCAAACAGAGGAGUUGGCCACGAAGCACUAUCUCAUCCUGUGAAACACUCAGGUGUACCUAAAAGAGAAGAGAGCGGAGGAGCUUCUACGUUGACACCGCAUAACACACCCGUAUCUUUGCUCACUGCAACAGAAGAUGUGACGAGAACGUUUGUUCCUGGUGGAGACAAGUCUCGAGACCAACGUAAGGUUAAUAUCGACAGACCAAGAGGACUUGAUCAAGAUCCAGCUGCUCCUGGAUCUCAUGGUGGGAUGUCAAAUUAUCAGUCCAAAGUUACUGAUCCCACCCACGGAAAAGCUUCAGGAGAAACUGGACCAGCAACGACGGUCUCAGCUCUUGGAAGGUUAGGGUUAGGAACGGACUUCGGGAAGAAAAGCCACGGGUUCGCUACGAAAUCGGAACCUGAAAUGGGUAAGCAUUUACCGGCGGGAAACUAUGGAUCUGGUCUGAGGAAAGAGUCACCGGAGAGGAGUGAUGAACUUGAUUUGGGAAGAGAUUUACCGACGAGAACUCAAGGUAUACAAAACCGUGAGAAUCUUGAUUCGAAAUCUCACGAGAGAGGAGAUGAGAUGCAGCAGUCGAAUCAGAGCAGUUACACCGAUAAGAUCGCAUCAGCUACUUCUGUCGUAGCUGACAAAGCUGUAGCAGCGAAGAACGCCGUCGCUUCGAAGCUCGGUUACUCUGGAGAAGGCGGUGGCGUACACCAGAAUCGUCUAGAGGGAGAGGAGACUCCUAGCUCCGGUGUUGGAUACGGGAGUACGGUCGCAGGUAUGGUGACUCCUGUUUACGAGAAGGUUAAAGAGACAGGAGCUAGUGUAAUGACGAAACUGCCAUUCUCUGGGACCGGUGGUACAGAGACGGGACAAGACAAGGGCGUGUCGGCUAAAGAAUAUCUGACGGAGAAACUGAGUCCAGGAGAGGAAGAUAAGGUUUUGUCGGAAGUGGUCACUGAAAAGCUUCAUCUUGGCGGCGGAGAAACGGGGCCGGCGAAGAAGGGGAUAGUGACACAAUCGGAGGAGGUGGAGAAAAGGCUAGGAGGAUUUAAGGAUCCGAGCUCGGAAGCAGCUAUGCAACACGGCAAAGCUUAUGCGGAUGAAGGCGAAGGAGGGAUGGUGGAGAAGCUGAGUGGAGCUGUCACUUCUUGGCUCGCUGGUACGACGGAGGAAGUGACGCAAAAGGCUACACAGUCUGUUCAAGACUCUUCACAGUCACUUGGCUCCACCGUUGGAAAUAAAAUGGGGUUAUCGGGAGGAGAUGAGGCAGGUCAACAAGGCGGAAAUGGUGGUUCUGUGCCUUUGCAGAGGAGAUUUCAAGAAUCAGGAAACUGAGUUGCUUCUUUCUAAUGUAUGGGUUUGUUAAUGCUUUCCAUGUUAAUGUGUGUGUGGGGUUUUCGAUCCAUGGCUUAUUUUGAUGUAUCUACUACUAAUACUGCCAUGUAAAACGUAUAAAUAAGUUCGGUUACUUGUUAUAAAAUCUGAAACUAACAAAAAGUUAGAAAUAUACGUCGACAGCAGGGUUCGAACCUGCGCGGGCGAAGCCCAACA